AUGGCCUCAAAAACACAGGGAGCCGCAACUGGCGGUGUUCAACUCUCGGCAACGGCAAAUCAAUUUGUUGAUAAGAUUGUUCCUUUCUCAAAACGUGGAACAAGCCGGCGAAGGCGCAUUGUGAAUAGCAGCCGUUAUCAUCCAGAGAAUGAGCCAGAGCUUACACAACUUGCGCUUAUUAAAGACACUCCACCAGCCGAGCAGACAGCCCUUGUUGUGCAAGAGUUGAAUCAACUGAAUCAGUGCCAGAGAAUCUUUGACUUUUACGAUCCAGUUGCACAAUUGAAGUCGAAAGAAAUGGCCGCUUUGAAUGAGUUGAUCGAUGAAAUCACCAAUGCCAAAGAAUCGGAUAUUGACGAGAUUUUACACUUUUUAACACAAGACUUUCUCUACAAUGAGCCAUUGAAUCGGUCUCUUCGCCUACCAUGGCAUGAGGCUAGCUUCUUCAUGAGAGAAAUCACACAAGCUUCGGUGUCGAGCGGUCACUCGGCGAUAAUCCGGAAUGACGCUGGAGAGAUUAUCGCGAUCGGGUUGAACUCGGUUAAAUCGGUGAAAUCCGUGGAAAAUGAGGCGGCUCCGAGUAACGAGAAAACCCCGGGGCAAAUGGAUUAUAUAGCUAAUUUUUUGUGGCAAUUAGAUCGAAAGUUAGCCGAGAAUUUACCGAAAGACGUCGAUACGGUGAUGAAAGUCGAGAUUAUGAGUGUCAGCUCCGCGUGGACUCGUCGUGGGUUAGCGGGAAAAUUGAUGGAUUUCACCAUAGAGCGACAGAAACGCUUAAAAAUCCCGAUUUUCACCGAAUGCUCGGCGCUCGCCUCUCAAAAGCUCUUUGCCAAAUACAAUUUCACACUCCUCUUCGAGAUCUGCCACGUGAACUAUUUGGACCUCAACGGUCGACGGAUAUUCAACUGUGAUGAUGGCACGGAUCGGGGGCAACUGGUCUUGAAAAUGCCG